AUGCAAGGAUACUCCUUUGCGCCCCCAGCCGGGCCUCCCAAGGAGGGGCAAAAAAACUAUGUAUUCGUGGAUGAGCAUAAUCGACACAAGCGGCUCAAGGUGAUGCGAGCCUGUAACGGUUGUCGAAAGAGGAAAAUCAAGUGCGAUGCAGCCACAACAAAUACGUGGCCGUGUUCGGCGUGUACCCGGUUGAAGUUGGUCUGUGUCCCUCCCACUAUUGGGCAGGAUGGGGACUUCCUGCCAGAGGGACAGGGCGAGUCAAUGGAAACCGGAGGCCCCUCGAGCUCGGUGGAUGGCCACACAUUCCCCGUUCCCCCAGUGUAUAGGGAUACCCAACCUCCCAUGAACACGAUGCCCUCGUACGAGCAGAUGAACAUGUAUUCUCAAUACGUUCCCCAGGCUCAGCCAGCCAUGUACAACGACCUGCGCUCGCCACCAAUUGCAAUGGCCCCGCAGGCGUACCAACAACCGCAUAUGUAUACCGGACCUCAAACCCCAUCGAUCGGGACUUCUGAGAGAAACCUCUAUAUUGAUAACGACCAAUCUACCGCAGAGAACCUCAGCGAAGUACUUGGGGAGCUGAAGAUUGACGAGACCGGAAUCGCUCCAUAUAUUCGAAGACAGCGGACUGAUCGGGUAGAACCCGAUGCCCCCGUCCAAGAUGAGACCGAAGAGCGGUUGCCUCCGCUGAGUACUGGAUCGGGUGCCACCAUUCGCAUCCCACCUGAGCUGAUGCCCUCCGAAGACGAUGUGAUGGCAUAUUUCAAGAUUUACUUUGAUGAGAUACACCCUUAUGUUCCCGUGAUUUCACGAGCCCAUUUAUUUUAUCAGUGGCAGCACGACCGUCGCUCUAUAUCUCCUCUUCUGCUGGAGGCUCUCUUCGCAUGUGCAGGUCGCUUGUCCGAUGAGCCGGCCGAGGGAGCCCAAUGGCUUGCUUUGGCAAACCGACACGAAACAAGUUUCAUGGAUGUGCCCCGUCUGAGCACUAUCCAGGCGUUACUUCUGUUACUGAAGGCCCGGGAAUCACUGCCCAAGAAGGGGUAUUACUAUAGGUCCUGGCAGACCGUUAAGACAAUUGUGUCCAUGGCAAAGGAUUUGGACAUCCACGAGCACUAUAGCAAUCACGCCGAGGGCAAGCCUUGUGGCCUGAGCCCAAUUGAAUGUUUGGUGCAAACCCGAAUCUGGCAGGCUCUUCUGGUAGUCGAAGUCAUGAUCGGCGCACCCCAAGGUCGUUCGGACUACGGAGUUGAUCCCGAGACGGUGGAUAUGCGCCCGACUCUAGAUAUCAGGGGAUUGGAUCAUUAUGAGAGUGAUCGUUCGAGACAGUAUGCCUACUUCGUUCGCAACGCACACCAUAUCCGCAUAAUCACGGAUAUCUACCACAAAGUCAAGAAGCAAAAGGACUGGGGUGCAGACGCCCGAUUUGUACAAAACAACCCCCUGUUCGCGGACUGGCUUCGCACUCUGCCUUCUGAUUUACAGGUCAAUUACCCAGCCGAUGGCUCUCCGCCAUGGCUUCCCUCCCAUUUCGUGGGCAACAUGCACUCCCACUGCCAUCUCGCUAUUAUCCUGCUCCAUCGCCCUCAGCUGCUUGCUUCCCAGUCUUUCGCCGCUGGGGGUGAAUGGAAGAUCCACAUGUCCUUGUGCUAUUCCUCGGCGAAGAGUUUAUGUCGACUGCAGGAGGCUAUCCUGCAACGCUUUGGGCUGUCAGGACUGCUUUAUAUGCAAAGAGGUAUCAACUUUGCCAUUUAUUGUAUUCUGACAUGCACAAUGUUGCAUCUGGUAUGUAUCUGCGUCGCUAUCACCUCCCCAGACCCUGAGUUCAAUUCCGACGCCCGAGAAUUCUUCACCCGACACAUGAGAAUUUUGGAGACUUGCUCAACCGCCUGGCCUAUGCCCGAGAUCCAGGCUCAGAUCGAUUCUCUCAGGCUGGCUUUCUCUGCCGAUAUGCAUCGCCCCUUCGAGCUGAAACCAAGUUUCCCCUAUGGAAGUCCUUCGGAGCCGUAUCAGCCCAGCCCACCAAUGGAUGCACACUAUCAUCCGCACUUGAAUCAAGUCCAAUCUAGAGUGGGUUUCCAUGCGCUUCCAAUCACCCCUCCAAUAUCGGCUAGUGCUGAAGACUCGAAGUCCGACGCUUCUUCUCAGUUACAAUCCCUCGGCAUGGUUGCCCAUCAACCUCCCACAACCCACCCAAUGGAUGCCCCGUUGGUCGACGAACAAAGCUGGGAUCCAACCCGCAUUAUAACACAAUGGGACAUGGCUUUCUCCGUGAACCCCUCCACCGUCAGCACCAAUUCCCCGCCGAUGCCUCUCAACAAUACUGUUCCGGGCGUCCAAAAUGUCAUGAACUCCCAAUACCCCGUUCAAUACGAGACACCUCACAAGGUUCCCUCCGUUACCUCCUCCCAAUCCCUCUCUCCUCCGCAGUUCCAGGCACCCCCGGUGGUAUUCUCCGCACGAGAUUGGCAACAAAGUGUUGCUAGUGUAUAUGAUCCCCAGGGAGUGAAACGACGAUGGAACUAUCCAGGUGACAUGACCUCUGACACCAUGUCUAAACGCCAGCGAGGAUAG